AUGUUGCCGGUGUACACGGAGGUGAAGCCCAACCCGCUGCAGAACGCCAACCUCUGCUCGCGCGUGUUCUUCUGGUGGCUAAACCCCUUGUUUAAAAUCGGUCACAAGCGGAGGUUAGAAGAAGAUGAUAUGUAUUCAGUGCUUCCGAAGGACCGCUCAAAGGAACUUGGGGAUGAGCUGCAAAGGUACUGGGAAGAAGAACUUUCGAGAGCCAAGAAGGUCCCACGGGAGCCAUCUUUAACAAAAGCAAUCAUCAGGUGUUACUGGAAAUCCUAUGUAAUUUUGGGAUUUUUUACAUUACUUGAGGAAGGCACCAAAGUAGUCCAGCCCUUAUUUCUGGGGAAAAUCAUUAAUUAUUUUGAAAACUAUGAUCCCACCGACUCUGUGGCUUCCCAGAACGUCUACAUCUAUGCCACGGUGCUCACGACCUGCACGCUCCUCUUGGCCAUUCUGCAUCAUCUGUACUUCUACCACGUGCAGUGUGCGGGGAUGCGGCUAAGAGUCGCCGCAUGCCAUAUGAUUAAUGUGAAGGCACUUCGUCUUAACCACACGGCCAUGGCCAAGACCACCGUUGGCCAGAUCGUCAAUCUGCUGUCUAAUGACGUGAACAAGUUUGAUCAGGUCACGGUGUUCUUGCACUUCCUGUGGGCUGGCCCACUGCAGGCCGUCGCUGUGACUGUCCUGCUCUGGAGGGAGAUAGGAAUAUCGUGUCUCGCCGGGAUGGCCGUGCUAAUCAUCCUCCUGCCUUUGCAAAGCUGCGUGGGAAAGUUGUUCUCGUCCUUUCGGAGUAAGACCGCAACGUUCACAGACGUCAGAAUCAGAACCAUGAAUGAAGUGAUAACUGGCAUCCGGAUAAUAAAAAUGUAUGCUUGGGAAAAGCCAUUUGCAGACCUUAUUACCGAUUUAAGGAGGAAGGAGAUUUCCAAGAUUUUGAGAAGCUCCUACCUGAGGGGAAUGAAUCUGGCAUCAUUCUUCGUGGCAAGCAAAAUCAUCGUUUUUGUGACCUUCACGGCCUACGUGCUCCUUGGCAACAAGAUCACGGCCAGCCGCGUGUUCGUGGCCGUGACGCUCUAUGGGGCCGUGCGGCUGACCGUCACUCUCUUCUUCCCCUCGGCCAUCGAGAAGGUGUCAGAGGCCUUGGUCACCAUCAGAAGGGUCCAGAACUUUCUGUUGCUUGAUGAAGUAACACAAUGCGACUAUCAGCUACCAUCAGACAGUGAAACGAUAGUGCAUGUGCAAGAUUUUACUGCUUUUUGGGAUAAGGUAUCAGAAACCCCGACCCUAAAAGACCUUUCCUUCACUGUCAGACCCGGUGAACUGUUAGCUGUGGUUGGACCCGUGGGAGCAGGAAAGUCCUCGCUGUUAGCUGCUGUGCUGCGGGAGCUGCCCCCGAGCCAGGGGUUGGUCACUGUGAAUGGAAAGGUCGCCUAUGUUGCUCAGCAGCCCUGGGUGUUUCCAGGAACUCUGAGGAGUAAUAUUUUAUUUGGGAAGAAAUAUGAAAAGGAACGAUAUGAAAAAGUAGUAAAGGCUUGUGCUUUGAAAAAGGAUUUUGAGAUUUUGGAGGACGGGGACCUAACUCUGAUAGGAGAUCGGGGAGCCACGCUCAGCGGAGGGCAGAAGGCCCGGGUUAGCCUUGCAAGAGCCGUGUACCAUGAUGCAGACAUCUACCUCCUGGACGAUCCCCUCAGCGCCGUGGAUGCGGAAGUCGGCAGGCACUUGUUCCAGCAGUGUAUUUGUCAAACCUUGCAUGAGAAGAUCACAAUCUUAGUGACUCACCAGUUGCAAUACCUAAAAGCUGCAAGUCAGAUUCUGAUAUUAAAAGAUGGUAAAAUGGUGCAAAAGGGGACUUACACUGAGUUCCUGAAAUCCGGGGUAGAUUUUGGUUCCCUUUUAAAGAAGGAAAACGAGGAGGCUGAACAAGCUUCCAUUUCAGGAAGUCCCAAGCUGAGGCACCGCACCUUCUCAGAGUCUUCAAUUUGGUCUCAACAGUCGUCUAGGCCCUCGUUGAAAGAAGGUGCCCCGGAGAGCCAAGCUGUUGAGAAUGUACAGGUUGCAGUAGCCGAGGAGAGCCGUUCCGAAGGAAAAAUUGGUCUUAAGGCCUACAAGAAUUACUUCAUAGCUGGUGCUCACUGGUUCACCAUCAUUCUCCUUAUUCUAGUCAACAUUGUGGCUCAGCUUUCCUAUAUUCUUCAGGACUGGUGGCUGUCAUACUGGGCAAAUCAGCAGAGCGCUGGGAAUGUCACUGCAAAUGGACAAGGAAAUGUAACUAAAGAGUUGUCUCUUGACUGGUACUUAGGGAUUUAUUCAGGUUUAACUGUGUCUACCGUCAUCUUCGGCAUAGCAAGAUCUCUGUUGGUAUUCUACGUCCUAGUUAACUCUUCCCAGACUUUACACAACAAGAUGUUUGAGUCCAUUCUGAGAGCCCCGGUACUGUUCUUUGAUAGAAAUCCAAUAGGAAGAAUUCUAAAUCGUUUCUCCAAAGACAUCGGACACAUGGAUGACUUGCUGCCCCUGACCUUUCUAGAUUUCAUGCAGACGUUUCUGCAAGUGAUUGGUGUGGUCGGCGUGGCGGUGGCGGUUAUACCGUGGAUCGCAAUACCCUUGGUUCCCCUCGCCAUCAUUUUCAUCGUUCUUCGGAGAUAUUUCUUAGAAACGUCCAGAGAUGUCAAACGCCUGGAGUCUACAACUCGGAGUCCGGUGUUUUCCCACCUGUCGUCUUCUCUCCAGGGGCUCUGGACCAUCCGGGCGUACAGAGCCGAGGAGAGGUUUCAGGAACUGUUCGAUGCACACCAGGAUUUACAUUCAGAGGCUUGGUUCUUGUUUCUGACCACGUCCCGAUGGUUCGCUGUGCGUCUGGAUGCCAUCUGUGCCAUCUUUGUCACCGUGGUUGCCUUCGGGUCCCUGAUUCUGGCAAACACUUUGGAUGCCGGGCAGGUUGGCCUGGCCCUGUCCUACGCCCUCACCCUCAUGGGGAUGUUCCAGUGGUGCGUCAGGCAGAGCGCUGAAGUCGAGAAUAUGAUGAUUUCAGUAGAAAGGGUGAUGGAAUAUACAAACCUUGAGAAAGAAGCGCCUUGGGAAUAUGAAAAACGCCCCCCGCCGGCCUGGCCCCAUGAAGGCGUGAUUGUCUUUGACAACGUGAACUUCACCUACAGCCUGGAUGGGCCUCUGGUUCUCAAACACCUGACAGCGCUCAUUAAGUCAAGAGAAAAGGUUGGCAUUGUGGGAAGAACAGGAGCUGGGAAAAGUUCCCUCAUCUCGGCCCUUUUUAGAUUGUCAGAACCUGAAGGUAAAAUUUGGAUUGAUAAGAUCUUGACAACUGAAAUUGGACUUCAUGACUUAAGGAAGAAAAUGUCAAUCAUACCUCAGGAGCCUGUUUUAUUCACUGGAACAAUGAGGAAAAAUCUGGACCCCUUUAAUGAGCAUACAGAUGAGGAACUGUGGAAUGCCUUAACAGAGGUACAACUUAAAGAAGCCAUCGAAGAUCUUCCUGGCAAAAUGGAUACUGAAUUAGCAGAAUCUGGAUCGAACUUCAGUGUCGGACAGAGACAGUUGGUGUGCCUUGCCAGAGCCAUUCUCAGGAAAAAUAGGAUAUUGAUCAUUGACGAGGCAACAGCAAAUGUGGAUCUCAGAACUGAUGAGUUAAUACAAAAAAAAAUCCGUGAGAAAUUUGCCCAUUGCACGGUGCUAACCAUUGCUCACAGAUUGAACACCAUUAUCGACAGUGACAAGAUCAUGGUUUUGGAUUCAGGAAGACUGAAAGAAUAUGAUGAGCCCUAUGUUUUGCUGCAAAAUAAAGACAGCCUCUUUUACAAGAUGGUGCAACAACUGGGCAAGGCAGAAGCUGCUGCCCUCACCGAAACGGCAAAACAGGUGUACUUCAAAAGGAAUUAUCCAGAUGUUACUCAGAAUGGCCAUAUGGUUGUGAAUGCUUCCAAUGGACAGCCCUCAACCUUCACUAUUUUUGAGACAGCACUGUGA